GCAAACCAUCGUUUCUGGCGACCAGCAGGGGAACGACUCUGGAUUACCUCCUCUACUCAAACACGAUGCAAGGCAGAUUGUGGGCUGUGGAGAAACGAGGCUCAAGACCAGAGACUCAACUGGAACAUUGGAGAUGAUAGAGGACUUUGGUAGUCGUCCAAAGCUACUGGCAUGAGCAGUGGAAGGUGGUCAGGGUUGUCCAUUGUUGCUGGGAGGAACAAAGAUGUAGGUAAAUCGGAGGGAGAUUUCACCAAACUGCAGAAAUGGUCUAAUUUGCAGAAAGAUUUUUUCUAUUCUGCUCAGGGAACUCGGGUGCAAGGAACAAGUAAGAGUAGAAUUGUUAAAAUCGAAAGUAAAGCCUUUUGUUUUGAAUUCAUACCCACUGGUCUGCAUAUUAUUCAAAACAAAAACAAUCACAGUCUAUCUAUUUCUCUUGAUGUUAAUGGUGUUAAUUGGCUUUGCUCUUCAUUUGAUAAAAUCCAAUCUGGACGGUCUCAUACGAAACAAAGAUACGAGGAGUCUUGAAAACUCCAACUUUCCUUGGAAGAUAUCAGUAUGGGGGUUUUAUCCGCUUGGUUGAUUCGGGACCAAUGGGAAGAACAACAACCAUUAUUCCAGAAGGUUGGAACGGUUCAGGUUUUAGACGCUUUUACCUUGCUUUAUUAGACCAGCAUAUCUUGAUGAAUGAUUUCACGAAAGAAGAUCAUGAUUUGGAUUUGGAGGAACUCGGUCCUUUUGUUGUGUGUGUUAAUUACAUGGUGUCUUUUCUGGUGCCCUUUGAAUCUAUUUCUUCACUACUUUUCAAUGAGGACUUACAUAAUUUUGGUUACUUAUCUAAUACAGAUAUUAGAUUCAUCUCUUUAUUGACUGUGGCUGAUCCGGGGAACUUUUUGAUGGAAACGAUUGAGAAACAAUGUAACCAUGAGGUUGGUUUUCAGGAUUUUUCACAAGGAUGCAUUACCGUUGGAACCGAGGUUACGGCAAUCGAAGAGGCCCUCUCACCUCCAAUCGCCACGUUGUUCAGUUAUGAAUAUGUUUUCGGCUUUUGGUAGAUGUCCUCUUCUGCUGCUCAACACUUUUCUUCUGGUAAACCUUGGGCCCAAAACGCCAUUAUCAUUUGUUUUUCGCUUUCUCUGUUCACCUUUGUUUGAAAAGCAUUGGGCUGAAUACUACCUGGGAAACAAUAGUCCAUACUUAUAUAAAGUUUUGAUGCCUACAGUAAUAGAAAAAUUGAGAAUCUCACUUUUACAUUGUAAUCCAUGUGAUCCCUUUUCUUUGAUUUGUUAUUAGUAAUCCAUGGUAUAGAAUAUGUAUGUAUGUGAGAAUACAAUUAGAGCUCAUUAACAACGGGAUGUUUGAUUUAUCAGGAGUUUCAAAUUUGCAUCUCUCUUCAUCUACAUAGCCGCUUCAACUUUGCAGUAACUGUCCAUUCUUCUCUUUGCACACUCCUCAGGAGACAAAAGUCAUGUGCUACAUACAUGGAGCACAAAACAAUGGUCUCGUAUAUGAAUCCUUUAGAGUUAAAACAUAGCAUUGGAUCAAUUUAGCAC